ACACUCCUCAACGCACGCCACACGUGUUUUAUUUACCACUUCUUUUAGCUCCAGAAAUAAACCCAAAAAACCCACUUAAAAUGUAUUUGAUGUACACAAUUAACGAGAACGGCGACCGCGUCUACACCCUGAAGAAACGCACCGAGGAUGGUCGCCCCACUUUGUCUGCUCACCCAGCACGCUUUUCGCCGGAGGAUAAGUACUCCCGCCAGAGGCUCACCAUCAAGAAGCGCUUUGGACUGCUCCUCACCCAGAAGCCAGAACCCAUCUACUAAGCCCGGAUUUAAUUUUAAUUAGUGUACAUCUUUAUUUACAAAUAAUAAGUUACAAAAUAACA